GUUGCAAUUUGGUAACAUUGUUUUGAAGUUUUAAAAAAUUUAAUAUUAAUGUAGUAUAAAUUUUACAUUGUUUAUUGUUUAAAAAAAAAGGAAGAAUUAGUGUCAAUUAGCUCUUUAGCAAAAUGGUUAAAGUUUUUACCGGUGUUUUUUUGAAAAUGAUAUAACUUCUAAACAUACAAAUCGGAUUUCAUUUAGGCAUGGGCAUAAUUUCAGCCUCACCAUGAAAAAUAAUGUAGCUGUUUUUUAUAUAUUGUAGACUCUUUAUAUUAUUUAAAGAGAUGGGCUCUUUCAAUGAGGCUUUAUUUGAACAGAAAUUGUUGUACUUAAAGGACACUCAUGACAGCAUUGCAAACUUGUCAUCUUGGUGUUUAUCACAUCAAGAACAUCAUGGAAAGAUUGUAUCUACUUGGUUGAAUGUACUAAAAAGAGUGAAGACAGAACAUCGUCUACUACUUUUUUAUCUGGCUAAUGACGUUAUCCAGUAUAGUAAACGGAAAUCUCUUCCUUUUACGGAUUCAUUUGCUCCAGCCCUUCAAAAAGCUACAACAAUGGUCAGAGAGGACAGUGUUCGAAACAAAAUACUAAGACUAUUCAAAAUAUGGAAUGAAAGAGGAAUAUAUGAUGAAGGUUUUUUAGUAGAUUUAAGUGGUCUACUUAGCCGUGUACAUAAAAAUACAACACGUAUUGAUGUUCAAGAAUUUCAGCCAUCUGUCAUGUAUUCAAGGAUACGGAGUUGCAAAGAAUUAGAAGAUGAUACUGAUGUUAAACUUAAUACCUUGAAUGAAAGUCAUGUUUCAUUUACUGACAUAGAGAAAUUACAGAACUCUCUUAAAGGUGCUUUAAAGAAAGUAGCGUCCCAGUGGAGUGACAGAGAAAAUGGAGAUGAACUACUAGUUGACUUUGAUGCGGGUUUAGCGACUGUCAAGGCAUACAUAAAGGCUUUGGAGGCUGAAAUUAAGGAACGCCAUGGGCUUAUUGAUUUGCUUGAGAUUGGAGAACAAUAUUAUGAAAGAGAAUUUCAAGAAGCUAAAGUUGUAGUGAAUGCUUAUAAAUGUUUUGGUACAAGAGUGCGAGGAGUAAAACGUAAAUUAGAAGAACAAAUUGAAACAAUGCCUAGUCCGAUGCCAUCUCCUGAUGUCAAUGCUCCUUCUCCUUCACCAGAACCGAAAGAUGGAAUAAGUAGCACCAUUAAGUCCUUUUCUGAUUACAAAUCUAAUAAUUAUUUUCCUCCACCUGAAGUGAAAAAAGAUAGUGAAACUACAUUAGUUUCUCCAUAUAGUCCAGACUCUAAUUUUGAUGCUGAGCCUGUAGAUUCUACCCAACAUGCAUAUUGUGGGCAAAUAGAUGAACCUAAAGUGUAUAUACCACCGAAGCUUCAAAAGCAUUUCAAACCAGAUGUUGCUGAAACUGAAUCAAACAGUAAUACACCUUAUGGGUCAGCAGAUGCUCUAUCAGCUGAAACUUUUCAUCAUGGUCAUUCAUUUCUGAAUUCAGCUGCAGCUAAUAAUUUUCAGAUAAUUAAUGGAAACAACAUUGAAGUUAUAACAUCAUCUGAGGGCCAGCAGUUAACACUUUCAGCAUUGUUGCAAACAUUAAUGCCUUCUGAAAACACAACGCAAACACCGAAAAGUCAGGUAGCAACAAGUGAUCUUUCUCAUCCUCCAAAAUUUUCUGGCUGGAGUGAUGAACCAGAGCAUGUUUGGGAAACGCCUGAAUCUCCUCCACUUUAUGAAAAAGCCAAUUACCCUACUGUGUUUGAUGAAAACAUUUUAAGCCAAGAUAUCGAUAUGCGUUUUAGUGAUGUAGAUCAUCGAAACUUGAUAAACUUGACUGAAACUGCAAGCUCCACUUGGGCAGGCGACGAUACAGAUUAUAGAACUAAAGAAAGCUCAAAAAAGACAUCAUCUGCUCCUAGCCAAGAUAAUGUUGAAAAUGUUGAUAUGGAGAUGAGUGAUGAAGAAGAAAAACUUAAUGAAAAUAUAAAAAGUGAUGUAGUUGAUUUGUUACAACCUCCAACUAAUAGGUCUAGUGAUGUAUCAAGUGCCCCUGUUCAAAAUCCUCCAACCAAAAAUUUCAGUUUUAAUAAUCAACCUAAAGAAGACUCAUAUUUUAAGACGAAACCGGAAGAUAAAAAGGAUGUGAAACCUACACUACUCCCUGAAACAGUUCCCUCUUUAUCCUAUAAUAAUAGUACCACCUCAUAUAGUACUGCUUAUCCUAAUAACUCUAUCCAUACUACUAAUAACAAUUCAUACAAUAGUAAUCCUUCUACUUAUACUAUGAGUCCAUCAUCAAGUUCUAACAAUUGCAACAAUAAUAUUCCUCCGUUUAAGACUUAUUCUGAUAUGUAUGUAUCACCACCACCUCCAUCUAUUAAGGCUGACUCUAACAGUGUUACCGAUUUUAACUUAGAUAAAUACCCAUCACCCCCCAAGUUACAACCUCCUUUACCACCUCCUCUACCUCCACCACCACCACCGCCUCCUCCUCAUCCCCCUCAACUUUGGUCUCAGUCUUUCACUGCACCUCCACCUCCUCCUCAAUUUGAUACUUCUCAAAACUUUUCCCAACAGUCAUUAUUUUUUUCGAGACCACCUCCUCCAGUACCUCCUUCUCCUCAAAUGCCAAUGACAAAUAGGCCAUACCGCAAUAAUUUCAGACCUUUUCAACGGGUUAAUACUCGUUUUCAAAGAUGGUAAACAAAUGAAAAAUAAAUAAAUUAUUUAUUAAAACAAUAAUUAAAAGUAACCAUGUUUAACUUAUUUUAUUUCUUCUUUCUAUAGAGGUCAUAUCUAUUGUAGUUUGUGUAAUGUUCAAAUGAAAGUCUAGAUCACUUUGUAAAAUUUCCUAAAAAAAAAUAUUAUUGGUUGGAAUUGGCAUUUGCAUAAUCAUUUUAGAAUUUAUCACCAUUAUUCUUUGGAUUAUAUUUUUUCUAACAACUUGUUUAACAAAAAUUUGUUACAUGUCCAGUUUCAUAACUUAAUUCAUUUUUUUCUUGACAUUGAAUUCAUUUUUUCAUGCUGCAAAUUCUGUUCAACGGUAGCAUUACAUUUGUUUCUAGAUUAUUUGUGAAUUGUAAUUUUUUUAAUAAGCAGUUAAGCUAAGUUAUAUUUUUUUUAAUAAGCAAUAAAGUUCAUUGUAGGUAAAUAAGUGUAUAAAUAUAUUUGUAAUGUUGGGAGUUGAAAAAUUACCAUGUAAAUAAAUUUGUAACUAAAAAAACAUUUAAAACAUGUGUAAAUGUUAUGUUGUAUAUCUAUUUUAUUACAAGUUGUGAAUACAAAGUCUUAAUGUAAUUUUGAAUCUCUAAUGAUACUGUAGUAUUCUUGAAUCUACAAUAAGAGGAAUACAGGUUGGAGAAACUUCCAUUGUUGAGUAUUCUGAAUAUUAUUGUUGGAGAUAAGAAGUAUAUAAAUGUAGAUAAGUAAAUAUUAGAUUUGUGGAAGAAUGUUGAAUAAUAUACCUUUGUAAAUUUAAGUGUACAUUGAUGUCCUUAUUUUCUCAGCUAAUGUAUUCAUGUGCUUAUGUAUUUCCAUGCAAAAAUGGAACAUUUCACUCUUAAAUAUUUUGUUAAAUUUUUGUUAUAUUCUUUAGAUUAUUUUAAACUUUAUUUUUUCAGUUAAAAUUUUUAAGCAGUUGUGUUUUUUUUCUGCAAAAACUUUCAUAUAUUUGUUGAUUAAUUUUGUUAUUGUAAUUUUGAAAGUCUUUAUGUGAUGUAGGUGUUGCUAUGAUUUUGUUGUUUUAUUUUAAACUUUUCUAUAUUCUUUUGAGUUGAGAUGAUGUACAUAAUAAAUUAUAGUCUCAUUUUAUAAUGAUGUAUAGAAAAUAAUGGUUUAUUUAUUUAUUAUUUUGUGUUUACGUUGUUUCUUUGUAUAAUGAACAAUGUGAAUGAUUCUCAGAUUAUAGGCAAUGUUUUUGGUUGACUUAAUUAUUUGAAUUGUUUUAAUAUUAAUUUUUUUUAAAUAUGACUAUACCUUCUAUUGAUAUAACCUUAUGAAAUGAUAAAAAUCAAAACUGAUUUUUUGUAAUGACUAGCACAUUGCAUCUAAUACAUUUUUUUAAGAUUUAGGGACAAGGGAUUGAGUGAGAUCAGGUAGGACCUGGGCUAGGCUUCCAGAUGUGGGGAGGGAAAUAAAAGUUGAUAAUUCAAAAAGUUUGGUGAAUAACAAAUACAUGCAAGUAUAAAAAAUAUUUAAAUCUAUUAUAAAUUAUAUUAUGGGUGAUAAAUAUUCAGGACACAGUCUUUUUUAAAUUUUUUUUAUUUUUGCCAACGUUUCAACCCAAACAUGUGGGUCAUCUUCAGGGCGUGGUUUGAGCACUGAGGUUGUUCAUGUACUUAUAUUACAUACUUGUUCAUGUUGGUUGUUCAUGUAAAUUAUAUUACAUACUUUUAUCAUAAUUUGAUAGUGUAGUCUAAUUUAUUAAAGUGAAUGUUGUUUAUAGUUCAAAAAGCAAAGAAAGUAUACUAAGUCUAGAUUAGCAAGAACAUUGAAAUUUGCCUUCAUUAUUCAAACUUAAGCUAAACAGAAGGCAAGAACAGUGUUUUUAAAAAUAAAAAUAAUUUAAGCUCUACUUGUAUUAUUGAGAGAAUUUUAUUUAAGGAAUUAUUAUUAAAUUAUACUGUUAUUAUUAAGUAAUUUUGUGAACAAGAAUUGUGUUGUAUAUUAUAUAAAAAAUAAACUUGUUAUAAUUUGUUGUGGUUGUAAGUUACGUUUUCAUAAUAACUAAGACCGUUUAUUAAUAUUAUUGACAAAAAUAAAACAGAUGAAAUAUUUAACUGAUGAUGGUCUUGAAAUUGGGUGAAACUUUUGUAGUAGGUAGUGCCUUAUAUCUAUAGAAAAUUUAAAAUAGUCAUCUAAUAAAAAUAAUUUUAUUUAAAAUUUUUAUUAAAAUAAAAUAAAAAUUAUUAUUGGUAUUUAAUAUAAAUUUUCAAGCAGUAAAAUCCUUUUUUUUAUUUAAAUAAAAAAAUAGAUUUAGUAUUAAUUAUAUAAAAUUAAUGGUACAAAAAUUUGAAAAGAGAAACAAUUAUUUGGGUGUGGUAAUGACACUUCCAUGUAUUUUACUCCACCAAAACCGCUAUAAGGGGAUUGGGGUAGCUCAGUGGUAGGGCACUGGGCUUCCAAUGCAAAGGUCUCAGGUUCGAACCCCGGCUCGUGGCAGAAAAUUUAUUUAUCUGUUUCAUUGGCCGUGGGGAGACCCUCCUUGGGCAUACCCAGCCUCUAUAAAGUGGGAACCCUUAAUUAAAUAAUUAAUUAAGGGGGAAAACCUGGUCGUUGAGCGUGAUCUCGGUCAAAUCACCUCCUUGCACAACCGUUGAACUAGAAACAGUGCUUUCCCUAAGUAGUACUGAACCCCAGACCCUUCAUGGGUUGUUGUGGUACAUGUUUUUUUUUAAACCGCUAUAAAUAAUAUAAAUUUUUUUUAGUAAUAUAUCUUACUUAAAUAUAUUUUGUUAAAUAUAAAUUAUUUAUUUAUUUAUUUUAUUUUAUGUUACAAAUGCUUUGAGAAUGGCUCCCCAACUGAGGAACGUUGUCAGCUGGUCCUUCAGCUCAGUGCUAAUACUAGGCAUGGAAAAAAUUCUAAUUAAGCUUUAUCUCUCAUAAUUUAUUUACUUGUUAAUGACAUCGAAAUGACAAGACUUGGUUUGAAAAGAAUACUUCCACUUGUAAAGUGAACAUACUUGCCUGUUACUGAAAAUUAGAAGACAAAAAAAGCAUGAUUAGAAAUGCUUUGAUUAUCUUUUAUGAGUGGAAAAAAUGGACUUCCAUUUAAUGUAGGACAGAGAAAAAAACAAAACAUGAUUACAAGAAGAAAAAAUAGUGGGACACUGUAUGUUAAUGACAUUUCAGUAGCUUAAUUGAACAACCAUUUAAUUAAAUUAUUCUUUAAUAUUCUAUUUUUUUAUAUUUAAUCAGAAAAUCAGGUAGGAUAAAAAAAUCAGGUUUGAUUUAACUAAUUGAAUAAAAGUUUAGAUAUACUAAAACUUGCUUCUGAAUUGAGAAUCAUUCAUUUGUGUGUUUAAGUAAUAUUGAUAUGUACAUAUUUACAGGGUGCCCCAUAACUAGACAGAAAUACAGAAAAGUAGGAAAUUUGUGUUUUGUUUAAGUUUUUUUUUAAGUCACGUUUUUUGAUGAGUAGGAAGUGAUAACCAAAAAAAACAUUAAUUUAAAUUAUUAACAAUUGCUUCACAGUAAACUAGACAAAAUUUACUUCCAACAAAAGUAGAGUUUGCCAUUGUUAAAAUCAUUUAAAGAUGGCUUUUGAAUGAUUAAACUAAGCUAAUUAAGUUCAGUUUUAAAAAAUAAUCAUGAAUUAUUUAAAAAAAAAAUUUUCAUCACUGCAACUAUCCUACAGACACCCCAAUUUUAGGAAAAUUUCCUUGCUUAGUAAGAUUUUAAGUCAAUAUUAAUAAAGUUGAGAUUUAUUAUGAAAUAUGUUGAGAUUCACCUUAUGUUAUGUAAAAAAAUGUGGUGAUUUGACACACUGCAAAGCUUUAUUUUUUUUCUAUAUUCUGGGGUGUAUUAAAAUAAACAUAAAUGCACAUUUACUCAUUAAAAAAGUUAAAAACAAUGAUUUUUGAAAUAUUUAUCAUUCAAAGCGAUAAUGAAACUGCUUUUUACAUAGAUCACUCUUGAAUGAAUUGAUCCUUUUUGACAUAAACAUUAAGACUUUGAACAUUUAAUUGGUCGCUUAUAAAUACGGAUCAAUUUCUAUUAUUAUAGAGUACUUAAUAAAAAACAAAGGAUCAUUAUCACCUUAGAUGAUAAAUAUUUAUUUUUAAUAAUUGUUUAGAUGAAUAAUUAUUAUUUUAAAUAUUUUUUAAAAUAAAAAAAUGUUUAUUUUUACAGUUGUGUUUAUUAUAAUACAUUCCAGGUCAUGGGAGAAAAAAAUUAAAAUUUUGCAAUAAUUUAUUAUAGACAUUUUCGCUGAAAACAUGUGUACUUUUAGUUGACCAUAAUAUGAUUUGAAAAAUCAAAUCUGUUUUUUCACAUAUGAGGUGAAUCUCAACUUUUUUUUCCCAAAUAAACCUCAAAUUAAUAAAUAUUGACUUAAAGCUUAUUAAAAGAAGUUUUUCUGAAAGUUGGGUAUCUGUAGUAUUGUACUGAUAAAAAAAAACUGCUAAUUGUUUAUGAUUUUUUUUAAAUCAACUUAGAUUAGUUUAGCUGCUCAAAAUUCUUCUUUAAAUGCUUUUAAAAAUGACCAACUCUACUUUCAAAUGAAAAUUUGUAUUAAAUUUUGUUCAGUUUACUAUGGAGAAAUUAUUUAUUAUUUAAAUAAAAUAAUUUUUUAGUUAUUACUUCCUAUGCAACAAAAAAGUGACAUUUUAAAUAACAUAAAGUUUUAAUUUCCCACUUUUCUCCAGAAAAGUGGACUAUUGUUUAUAUACUUUUUUUGUAGCUCUUGAUGUCUGUUAUUACCCCUUUAAUUAUUUCUCUCUGCUUACUGGAUAUCCUGUAUGUGCAGUGCCGGCCUUAGAGAUUCGACACCUCUGGGCAAUGACCUCAUCUCUCCUCUCUCCUAAAAUUUAAAUUUAUUUCUUUAAUUGUUUAAUAUUUGAAUUUUAUUUUAUUAAACAUUGCUCAAAUAUAGUUACAUCAUUGAUAGGCCAAAAUUAAUUAUUUUAAUACAUUUUUAACCAGUGGCGAGUGAAGCCGGAAGAUCACCUGGCGCCCCUCCAGAUCGCUGCCCUGGUUGCUCCACCCUAAAGCUGGCA